GACGCCUAUACAGAGCUGUGGCAACAUUCGUGCUAUACAUUGAAAGAAUACGUGCCAAAUGUCUAGGAAAUCAACUACCGACAACGUUAGAUCCGGAAAUCAUAAAUAGAGCAAAAUCGUGGCUAUAUAAACAGGCGCAAUCCAGGGUGUAUUCAGCUGAAAUAACCGCUCUAAAAAAUAAUUCAGCCAUUGACAAGUCAAGCUCGUUGAUUGCCCUGAACGUUUACCUGGACGAAGACGGCGUACUACGCAUUCAGGGAAGAAACGAUAACAUAAAUCCUGACAACGCCAUCGUUCUGUCAAAGAACUCCCAAAUCGCAUUUUUAAUUACAAAAUAUUACCAUGAAAAAUCACAUCACAUGAUGCACGAGUCAACGAUAAAUCGUAUUCGAAACGACUUCUACGUACUGUAGUAGGCUGACCCUCUGGGCACACUCAUAUAUCGAUACUUACACUACACGAUAACCUAUGUUAAACCUAUGUUAAGAUAAUGUUAAGCUGAUGUAAUGAACAUGAAGAGUCAAUCGGUUGCUGCGAGUCGAAUAAAGAAGAAGGAUAGAAAGAAAUAAAACUGUCGCGUGUGUAAUCUUUACCGCCUUCCACAAAUUCAGAAGUGGUCGAACCUACGAAAUGAAUCAGGCCGAUCUCAACAAACUUUCCGUCACCCAAUUAAAAAGGUGGCUUUCGGCGUUGGGUUUACCAACCCAAGGUAUUAAAUCGGAGUUAAUGGCUCGCCUAGGGCAAGUACCGCUUGUACAGCGAGGAAAUAUGCCAGAAGAAGAUCAGCCCGGCACCUCCGGCACCGGACCGCAAAGCAUCAUCGAUCCUGAAAAUGAAACAAAUUCGUCACAGGAAGGCGUUUCCGAGAAUGUUCCAGAACAAAAUGAACUUCUCGGAAUUAUCACACAGCUACGAACAGCGCUUAUUACGCAGGAAAAUGCGUUGCAUCAAGCAGAGACGCGUAGCGCAUUGCAACAACAACAGCUAGAGCUUCUUAGCGCCGCCAUACAUACACAACAGCAGAACGAGACACGCGCCGGCACACAUACAAAACAGCAAGAGACGCGCGCCGCCACACACAUACAACAGCAAGAGGAGACGCGUGCCGUCACACACACACAGUUACAACAAAAGCAGACAGUUUCCAACAUGUACGAUUUGCGCCCUACCAGCCUAAUUGGAAAUGGAUUGGGUGGCAACCCUGAUGGCAACCAGGGAGAGAGGCCAUUUACCAGGGCUGGAUCAACAGUUUCACUUUCUCAUGCCAAAGAAGCUGCCAUCGAUUUCGAAGGGAACAUUUGCGCACGCAACUGGGUGGAGCACCUCAAAAAUAUAGGACUGAUCUACAAUCUAACAGAUGACUGCCUACGAAUGCUGUUUGUUACCAAACUUAAAGGUAACGCACAGCGUUGGCUACACGCCAACCCAACUCGGAUGCUAGAAACUUUCGAAAGGCUGUGUGAGCAGCUGAUCGUAGCAUUUGGAGAAGCAGCGUCGAAAUCAGAGCUGCGCCGAAGAUUUGAACAGCGAAAAUGGCAAAGGAACGAGCGUUUCACCAUGUACUUCGAGGAAAAGAAAAUGAUGUCCCAAACCGUCAACAUGGACAUGGAAGAACUGCUCGAGCAUCUCAUUGAGGGGAUCCCAUCGGCGAGCUUACGCGAUCAAGCUCGCAUCCAAAGAUUCGCCAAUCCGGAGCAAAUGCUGCUAGCAUUUACCAAUGUACGCCUCCCGCAACAAGCUGGGAGCUACGUACCAAAGAAGUCAACAUCGGAGGCGGUGGUCAACAACCUGCGUUGCAGGAACUGCAACUCCAAGGGCCAUUUCGCCAAAGACUGCCGCAAACCAGCAAGGGCACCUGGAUCUUGCUUCGCUUGUGGAGAAAUGGGCCAUUUUGUGGGAGAAUGUCGUCUAAGAAAAAGCAACAUCAACAGCAACACUAACAACUAUAGUGUCUCAUAGAUUCAGGGAGCGCGAUAUCAUUCAUUAAAGAAUCCAAAAUUCCAGUUGAAGUAGCUUUGAAAGCAGUUAACCAAGUGUAUCAUGGAAUAAACAAGAGCCAGCUUAAAAUAUUUGGAAAAACUUUAUGUUUCGUAUUAAAAGAAAAAAUAAAAAUUCAAUUCGAAAUGGUUGUCGUCGCUAAUGAAUCAAUGAGAUACGAUGUAGUCCUGGGAAGGGAUUUUAUGAAUCAAUAUGGUUUGAACAUCAAUCUAGACACCCUUGGCGUUAAUGAAGGUAUCAAUAAUAUGAUUAAAAUAUUUGGGGAAAAUGAUCAACAACUGGCAACUGCCGUAGUAGCCAAUUGCGAUG